UAUCUCUAUCCUAUCUUUAUCUAUUAUUAUUAGCUAAAUUGACUUUUAUUUCUCUUCCAUCGAUUUCCAUUCCAUCUUUUUUCAAUGCUUUUUACAUAGAAGGUUUAUCUGCGAAUUUUAUAUGUCCGUAUCCUUUGCUCUAUAAAUAAAAUAAACAAAAAAUUAAAAAUAAAUGGAUACUUUUCCAUUUUAAGAAGCCACUCUACAGUUAACAAUAUCUCCACAAGAUGCAAAGAAUCCUUUUAUAUCAUCAGAAUCGGUUUUAAAAGAAAGAUUUCCAACAAAAAUAGUAUUAGUUUCUUCUUCACUAUCUUCGUCUUUUUAUUAAAACUUUCUUUCAUAUCUUUCAUUUUUAUCUUUAGGUUUUUCUAUAACUAAAGUUCUUCCCAUAAAUUCUAUAUUAUUUCCCUAAAGAGCUUUCAAAGAGCUUUCCUCAGUCGAAAAACCAACAAAGGCGAGUCCUUUAGAAUUUCCGUAGUGAUCUUUAAGCAAAUUAAUUCUGUUUAUUCUUCCAAAGUUUUUUUCUAAAAAAGUUAAUAUAGCAUCUUCUUUUGCUUAAAAGUUAAUUCCUUUAACUACUACCUCGUUUUUAUUUUAGAAGUUUUCAUCACGAUUUGAGUUAGAGG